AUGACUAAGUAUCCUGUUAAUGGGUUUACAGUGAAUGCACAUGCAAAACAGAAUAAUGCAGAGGAUGAUGAUGAUCAUAUAGGCUCCGACAAUGAAAUAAUUCAGGAGACACAUGCAUUUAAGGUCAAUUCCCAUGCAAAGCACACUAAAGCCAAGAGGAAAUUGGACUGUUUAGGCUCCGGCAGUAAAAUAAUUCAGGAGACACAGGUUUUUAAGGUCAAUUCCCAUGCAAAGCAAACAAAAGCCAAGAGGAAGGAGGACUGUUUAGGUUCUGUCAAUAAAAUAAUUCAGGAGACACAGGUAUUUUUACCCGAGGAGAGAUUAGAGGAACUGAACAGCUCUACAACUCACCAGCCCAGCAGAACAGGGGAGGGGGCCACUAGAGUGCAAAGAAGCAGAAAAGUAAAGGCAACAACUUUACAGCCGGAAACGGGGCUGACACCUGGGUCAAGGAAGUCCAAAGGUGCAGCGCCUGCUAUCAGUCCUAAAUCAACACAUUUCACUUCCCAAGCACAUUCACCAGGGGAGUCGACAGAAAUUCAGACAGGAUUACCAUUGGAGUCAGAUCUUGACAGCAAUGACAGCAAGGGUCAUUACAAGAGCACAGGUGGAACAGAAGAUGCAGAACACACACGGUUGGAGAAAGUAAAUAAAAGUAUAAAAGUUAAUAAGCACACAAGCAAAUCAAAGGGGAAGACAGUUCAAAUUUAUACAGAUGUUGAGGGCCAGAAUACCAGGGUCCCUGACGAUAUCCCUUCUACUACAAAGCAAAAGAAAAAGAAAUCAAAAGAAGAGACCGAGAAAGAAAUGAACACCAGGGUCCCUGACAACAUCACUGCUACCCCAAAGCAAAAGAAAAAUAAAUCAAAAGAAGAGACUGAGAAAGAAAAGGAAGGGCCUACAAAAUCUCACAACCCAAGAGUUAAAGAUAAAAAGAAGAAAAAAGGUCAACCAGCAUUUGUUGUUGGAAAACCUCAGCCACAGGAAGUAGAAUGGAUAGCAAAUAAACAGGAUGAGCCUGAGAUACCCAUGACCCAUGAGAGAGAGGUGAUGAUGCCCCAUGACAAAGAGGAUGACAAACUAGAAAACAGUAGCUCGCAGGACAACACCUAUAUUGACUCUGAGAACGACAUGGAUGCUGAUACAGACUCAGAGAGCACAGAGACAUGUGAAGAAGAGGACUUUCCCAGAUCAGUGUACAGCAUUCACAGAUCCCAGCACUCACAUGUUACAGCACUAUCAGAUCCCAGCACUCACAGACUCUCACAGAACUCUCACAGAUCCACCUCAGAACUCUCACAGAUCCACCCAUGCAACAAUGCAGCCCUUUCUCUCAUCCACCUGCCCCCUCAGCCAGCACACCAUCCUGCCUCAAACCCAACCAAAUCUGAGUUAUGCAAUGGUAUUAAAAGCAGUGAGGAGCCAGUUAACAAAAUAGACAGAAAAGCUGCAGCACUAGCUGAGAAGGCAGAGCGCCGUCGUGAGGAGGUGGAGAGGAAACGGAAGGAGAGAGAGGAGGAAAAGAAGAGACAGCAAGAAAAAGAGGCAAGAGAAGAGACGAUGAGAAUUGAGCUGGAAGAAGAACAGAGGAGGAGAGCAGAGGAAGCGAGGUUACAGAAGAUUAGAGAAGAGGAGGAGAGGCAGAGAAGACAAGAAGAGGAGAUGGAGAGACAGAGGAGAGAGCAGGCAGUGAAAGAGCGAGAAAGAAGACAACAGGAGGAGAAGAGGAGACUGCUGGAACGACUCCAGAGAGAAAGACAAGAGGAGGAGAAGCGGCAGGCUGCUAAACUGGAACGUCAGCAUUUGGAGGAGGAAGCUCUGAAGGAGGAGGAACGCAGAAAGCUGUCAGAGAUGGAGGAGGCUGACAGACUGGAGUACUUGCGCAGACAGAAGGAGGAAGAGGAGCAGAGAAGGAAGGCUGCAGAGGAGAGGAAGAGGAAGGAGGAGGAAGCAGCGAUGCAUGCUGAAGAGGAGGCCAGAUUGCAGGCUGAACUGUUUGCCAGGCAGAGGGCAGCACUGGAGCAGCACUUAAAGUUCCAUAGAGGUCUGUUUAUGGAGGCUGGAGGGCUGGAGCAGACUCAGGAUAUCUCUCGUCCUUGGGUUUUCUCUUAUUUUACCCUGCUGAAGCUGCUUGGCUUGGCUGAACCCACAUCUGCUGAUGAGGACACACUCUAAGAUGCACUGUGAUUUCUUCAUAUUAAGCAAAUUCCCUCAUCCAAACUUUUUUCCUCUAAUGGGUUAAUAAUGAUUGUCACUUUGUCAUUAACUCUGUAUCUCAGCCUUAAGUUGCUCUAGCUGAAACUGUAUUUUCCUUGUGCUUUUAAAAUAAUAUGUUCACCAUUAGUACACACAGACAUCCACUUAGUCCAUGUAUUUAAACUAAGCUGCUGAAAUGUGUAGUUAAGAAAUCUACAUUGCAAAUGUGAACCUCUCACAUACAGUGUUCAUCAACUUGGCCCGUCCAGUAGUAGUGAAGCAAGUAGGAUACUAUUAUUUCUAUUAUAGAUCUUUUUCAUGAAUCACCCGAAAAGAACUGAGGGUUUGAACUCCUGCUUCCGAAACCACUUCUGUCAAAGUAUGUACUGUAUUUGAUGAGAAACGCACUUCUCGGCCGGUAAAACAGUACGCUCUUUAGGUACGAAAGAGGCAGUAUGAAUAGAAUUCAGACAUACUAACAUCCGGGAAUGUACGCAUGGUCCUGUGACCAGAAUAUAUGAUGUGGCAACAACAACCGGGAAAAUAAUCCACUCAAGUUCGGUUAAACAAUACAAUGAGCAACGUUCUUUGUGUAUACAGCACUUACUGUUGAAAACAGCCUUCCGCCCCGCAGUUCUCCGCCAUUUGUUUUAAAUCCAGCGUUUGAACGUGACGUCUCCUCAGUUCCCAGUGCAUUGUGGGAUAGGAAAGUGUUGAACCGAUCCACACUUCGGGUUCUCGCCGGAAGUAGUAGGUCAUCCGUGCAUUUCUCGCUUACUGUCUUAUGAAUACUAUGGAUUCGGACAUACUACUCCACUGGCAUACUGUUUUUGGCACACUAUAUAGGGAAGUAUGAAUAUUCGGACGCAGAGUGCUCAGCUUAACAGUUUGAAUCAGAUUCACUUUCUCAGCGAAUCAGCAGUCAGUGAGCUCACAACUGGAAGCGCAGACAUUUCAAAAUAAGAGUCUCUUUGUGUAUUUCGGUCUUUUUCAUUAUAAUUGGGAUUGGAGUAGCACAAUAAACUGCAUCUGGGAUUUCAUUCAGUUUGCACUCUUAUAGUCUCUGUAUCUGGGUAAGAUUAAACAAAGACUAAGACAAUAUUUUAAAACAAUUAUAUAUAUAUAUAUAUACAUACAGGUGCAUCUCAAUAAAUUAGAAUG